AUGGAAGAUGUGAGUGAUGAAGAAUGCAACACAAGUUUAUAUCUUGGAUUAGGAAUCAAAAAGGAAAAGAAGAAACCAAAAUUGGUGAAUAAACCUUGUUUCGACCUAGCUUUUGAGCUUUGUCCAAAAAAUGAAUCCGUAAAAGUACACAAUUCUCAUAACAACAAUAACAACAACAAAGGUGAGAGAUUCAGUUUGGAGUAUUAUCCCAAUGCAACAACAUGCAGCACCGAUUCCGAUAACAACAACAACAACACCGAUCGGAGAAAGAAACUCCGGCUUACAAAAGAGCAAUCAACCAUGCUUGAAAACACCUUCAAGCUCCAUAACACUCUUAAUCCGGUGCAGAAAAAAACGCUUGCGGACCAAUUGAAAUUAAAGACAAGACAAAUUGAGGUUUGGUUUCAGAACAGGAGAGCAAGGACGAAGCUGAAGCAGACAGAGAUAGAUUAUGAGUUGUUGAAAAAACAAUGUCAAAAUCUGAGUGAUGAGAAUAAAAGAUUGAAGAAAGAGUUACAAGAGUUGAAAGUAAGACAAUCUCCAUUAUGCCCUCAGCGUUUGUCAAAACCUGUUUGUUCUUUCUGCGACCAGAAACUGUUGAAGCGCAAUGAAGACAACAAUAAUUAA